AAUCAGGGUUGAGUUUUACCAGUAACAAAUCGUCACUUAUUAUAUAGUGGUGGGUUUAUAUUGUGGAAAUUAAGCGUGACGGGGGCGCUAUGAAAGGAAAACUAAUUUUCCUGGCUGCCCUGGCGUUAGCGCAGAGCAGACCACAGGGAGAAUGGUAUAAUGCGGAUGAGAGGUCUACCAUCACCUCAGAAGACUGCCCUAGCGCAGAAGAGCAUUUUCUACUGCCCCAUGAAUACGAUUGUACAAAAUUCUACUACUGCGAAUACGGUGUAAAAUGGACAACACCACGAGAUUGCUCGCCCGGCACACAUUUCUCUUUCGAACAACAGGUUUGUAUUCACCCUAUAUUUGCAAACUGUACACUACCUGGAAGUUCUACCGCAAGCACUGAGAGUACUGCCACAGUACCCAUUACGACAACAACAACGCAAGUGCCAACAACAACUACUACAACAACUCAGGCGCCUACAACAACAACGGAAGCUCCAACCACAACAACGACGACGACACCAGCUCCAACUACAACUACAACAACAGAAGCUUCAACCACGACAACGACAACGACUCAAACUCCAACUACAACAACGACGACGACACCAGCUCCAACUACAACUACAACAACUCAGGCACCUACAACAACAACAACAACAGAAGCUCCAACCACAACAACGACGACGACACCAGCUCCAACUACAACUACAACAACUCAGGCGCCUACAACAACAACAACAACAGAAGCUCCAACCACAACGACGACGACGACACAAGCUCCAACUACAACUACAACGACUCAAGCACCGACAACAACCACAACGACCCCAGCCCCAACAACCACAACAACAACAACCACAACAACAACAACCCCAGCCCCAACAACUACAACAACAACGACGACGACGCCAGCACCAACAACCACAACAACAACGACGCCGGCGCCAACAACUACAACAACAACAACGACUCCAGCACCAACAACCACAACAACAACGACGCCGGCGCCAACAACUACAACAACAACAACGACGCCAGCACCAACAACAACAACAACAACGACGCCGGCGCCAACAACUACAACAACGACUCAAGCUCCAACAACUACAACUACCUCAACUACACCAUCAACGCCUGAUCUAUUAGAAAACGGAUGUCCUGCCGAUUUUGACAUUCACAAAUUGCUGCCGCACGAGACUGAGUGCAACAAAUUUUACUACUGCGUGCACGGACAAAAAGUACAGAGACAGUGCGCUGCUGGCACCUACUUCAGUUUUAAAGAACAAGUUUGCGUUUUCCCUUGGGAUUCAGAAUGCGUUAAUAACGGAGGUGGAGGAGGCGGCGGAGGCGGAGGAGGUGACAUCCUACCGAACGGUUGUCCGGCCGAUUUCGACAUUCAUCAACUUCUUCCACAUGAGAAUAAUUGUAGCAAAUUCUACUAUUGCGUAUAUGGCGAGAAAGUAGAGCGUGAAUGUCCACCUGAUACACAUUUUAACCCCAUCUUACAGGUAUGCGACUGGCCCGAAGACGCUGGCUGCAUUCCUAGCGGAGGUGGAGGUAAUCUGUUACCAAACAGCUGUCCCGCGGACUUCGACAUACACCAGCUGUUACCCCACGACGACUGCACCAAAUUCUAUUACUGUGUGCACGGAGAGAAAAUAGAGAGAAACUGUGCCCCAGGAACACAUUUUAAUCCUGUCGCCCAGGUAAAUCUUAAUUACGAAUUAAUGUAAGUUUCAAUAUCUUUA